GCGGCGAGGAGACGAGAGAGGUCAGCGAGUUUGAGGGAGGACCGAGAGCCGCUGCCGCCGUCAUGACUGAGGACUCGAGCGCCCUGCCCUGGUCCAUCAACAGGGACGAUUAUGAGCUGCAGGAGGUGAUCGGGAGUGGAGCAACUGCUGUGGUUCAAGCAGCUUAUUGUACCCCUAAAAAGGAGAAAGUGGCAAUCAAACGGAUAAAUCUUGAAAAAUGUCAAACUAGCAUGGAUGAACUCCUGAAAGAAAUUCAAGCCAUGAGUCAGUGCCAUCAUCCUAAUAUUGUGUCUUACUACACAUCUUUUGUGGUAAAAGAUGAGCUGUGGCUAGUCAUGAAGCUGCUAAGUGGAGGUUCUGUUUUGGAUAUUAUUAAGCACAUCGUGGCAAAGGGGGAACACAAAAGUGGAGUCCUGGAUGAACCUACCAUUGCUACAAUCCUUCGAGAAGUAUUAGAAGGGUUGGAAUACCUGCAUAAAAAUGGGCAGAUUCACAGAGAUGUGAAAGCUGGAAAUAUUCUUCUUGGAGAAGAUGGCUCAGUACAGAUUGCAGACUUUGGGGUUAGUGCUUUUCUAGCAACAGGUGGUGAUAUUACCCGAAAUAAAGUAAGGAAGACCUUUGUUGGCACCCCUUGCUGGAUGGCACCUGAAGUUAUGGAACAGGUCCGAGGUUAUGAUUUCAAAGCUGAUAUCUGGAGUUUUGGAAUCACAGCAAUUGAACUGGCUACAGGGGCAGCUCCUUACCAUAAGUAUCCACCAAUGAAGGUUUUAAUGCUGACACUACAGAAUGAUCCUCCUUCUUUGGAAACUGGUGUUCAAGAUAAAGAAAUGCUGAAAAAAUAUGGCAAAUCAUUUAGAAAAAUGAUUUCAUUGUGCCUUCAAAAGGAUCCAGAAAAAAGACCAACAGCAGCAGAACUAUUAAGGCACAAAUUUUUCCAGAAAGCUAAGAAUAAAGAAUUUCUUCAAGAGAAAAUAUUGCAGAGAGCACCUACCAUUUCUGAAAGAGCUAAAAAGGUUCGGAGAGUACCAGGUUCCAGUGGCCGUCUUCACAAAACAGAGGAUGGAGGCUGGGAAUGGAGUGAUGAUGAAUUUGAUGAAGAAAGCGAAGAAGGAAAAGCGGCAAUUUCACAACUCAGGUCUCCUCGAGUGAAAGAAUCAUUAACAAAUUCUGAGCUCUUUUCAACAACUGAUCCCAUGGGUACUUUGCUCCAAGUUCCAGAACAGAUUUCUACUCAUCUACCUCAGCCAGCUGGACAGAUGUCUACCCAGCCAACUCAAGUCUCUCUCCCACCACCUGCAGAGCCAGCAAAAACAGCUCAGGCUUUGUCUUCAGGAGCAGGUUCACAAGAAACCAAGGUCCCAAUCAGUCUAGUACUAAGAUUAAGGAAUUCCAAAAAAGAACUAAAUGAUAUUAGAUUUGAAUUUACUCCUGGGAGAGAUACAGCAGAGGGUGUCUCUCAGGAACUCAUUUCUGCUGGCCUGGUCGACGGAAGGGAUUUAGUAAUAGUGGCAGCUAAUUUGCAGAAAAUUGUGGAAGAACCUCAGUCAAAUCGAUCUGUCACUUUCAAGCUGGCAUCUGGUGUUGAAGGCUCGGAUAUUCCUGAUGAUGGCAAACUAAUAGGAUUUGCCCAGCUCAGCAUCAGCUAAAACACAGCCCCAGAAGAGGCGGCCUAAGGAGAUUCCACACAAGCGUUAUCUCUGUUGCUUCUGUUGGCCUAAACCCACUACUGCCAAAGAACCCAGCAACGAACCUCCCGGCUAGGAGCUUUAGAAUUCUUUCUUUAUGUUCUUCCUGCCAUCAUUCCCCUUUUUCCCACAGGGAAAGUAAAGUUGGAUCACCAGUGGCCAGCAUCCCCUCAAAGAGUUCCGUUAGUAAAUGUGCUGCACAUGUCCCCUUUCUUCCGCCAUCUGAGAAGUGGCCCGUGUGCCUCAAGGCUCAGGAGGGAGAUCGCUCAGCUCAUUCUUGCCUUACUCCAGUAAUGGCCCAGGUGGAAAGUAGCAGCUACAUUGGGCAACCUCUCCUACCUGUUCUCCCACACCUGCCCAGAGGUGGGCAUCUUGGGAUAUCUCUACCACUGAAGUAGCAAUUAAAAGUUGAUUGUUUAGCUGGAGCCCAGAGAAUUUAAUUAGUGUUUUUUUCUUUGUAUCUGAUGUGAAUUCUAGCAACCUUUGUUAGGAAAAAGCACAGCCUCGGAGGAGGCAGCCUAAACUGUGUUCCUGUUUUGUUCAUGGUGUCUCUAAGUGUUUUGCUAAAGCUGCUCUCAGGCACCCCCUUCAUUGCUCCCUCCAGAAAGGGUUGCUAGCCUUAACUUCAGCUGGUGCAAAACAUUUGACUGUAGUCAAACUUCAGCCAUCAGAUCCUUCAAAGUGGAACUUUGGACUGUUUUUGCAGAAAACAUCAAGUAAUAGCUUGUGAAAGUAAAUUUUGCCAGAGGUGGUUUUUGAACAGGAAAAAUAAUCAUAAUUCAUAUCACUAGGGAAGUAUUUAUUUUCAAAUUUUAAGAAAUAAAAUUAAAGAAAAACUGCUCCUCGAUCCUCCAAUGAAAAUCAGUGCACCUGGCCUCUGAGUCAUGAGGAAGUGGGUAUAAAAGGCUGAGAUUACUACAGCAAUAACAGAGACUCACACUGGGCUAGAGGCCUGGCUUCCAUCCCUCUCCUGCACUGACUCUGUGGAGGGGGACCCUGUGCGCUGAAACUGACUCAAGAUGGAAAGUGAAACCACAUGUGCCGUGACCUUUAGGUUUUAUGAGUAGACAGUGUUCAUUUGAUUUUCUAUAGAAGUUAUAUAAAUUAUUCUUUAGGUUUAAAAAAGAACACUCAUAAUGCAAUAUGUGAAUAAUCAGUGGGUUUGAGUUUUCUUUUUUCCUAUUUCAUUGUCAGACUUGUCUAAUUGCUAAUAACCCUGCCAAGUUACCAAGUUUUAUGUAUGAAUGGGAUACUCCAUCUGGCCUUAAAGAGACAUACAACGAUGGGCUGUGGCCCCACGGAGAAGGGAGAGUUGACUUUCACAGAAUCUCUUGAGCCCUUUCCAAUGUUGUUGGUCUGAACAAGAUUACCUGGUUUUCUCUUGGAAAACACCUGAAAGUUUUCCCCAUAACUGACUUGAUGUACCUUUAUUUCAUUCGUUCUGAAUCUGUAGUUUUAGUCAUGGGCUUUCUUUACCUGCUCCAGGUGUAAAGGCAUGUUGGUAAAGGGGUGGAUGUUGGGGAGUGUGAGAGGAGUUGGAUUUGGGAUGGGGAUUGGGAGGAAAGAUUAGAAGAUUAGAUACCAAAGUUCAAGGUCCCAGCAUGAUUGGUAAAAGAAGGGAGUUUGCUGAAUCAGCAGAGAGAAAAGAGAUUGACCAGCUUGCUGGAAAAAUAUUUAGCUUUUCCUUUUCCUUUUUUGGGGGUGGUGGUGGUGGUCAUCAUGGUAGUGAACGAUGGAGAAGCAAGGAUAGGGAGUUGGUAAUGAGGUGUGGAAAAGAUACAAUGUCCUCUUUGACAACAGGCUAGUUGCUUGCCAUAGAGUCCUUUUUUUAUUUCAAACAAGCCCAUUAUAAUUUAAUUAUUUAUGAACCCAUGGUGGGGGUGACAUCACUGUUUUAGCUUUUCAUUUGGAGGUGGUAUGGCCCAGGCUGGGAGUGAGUGGCCUUGUUCACUGUCUCUAGCCGACCAGUAGCUUUGAAUUUCAGUGGGAUUGGCAUGACAAUAGAAGGUGGGAGCUGGGGCUUAUCUUUUUUUGUUGUUCAGUUCAUUGGUUGCCUUGCUGGGAAAUAGGAGACAAACACCAAGUCCCAUGACAGUGUUAUUUCUUCUUCUGCAUGUUGUGUGGUGAAUUCCCUCUGCCAGCUUGUGCAGUGAUGCUGAGAAAACAGGUGAACAGAAACUGCCCAGGUGCGAUAGCAUGUGACCUAGGGAGCCUCCUCACUCCUUUCCAGUAGUAGUGGUUCAGGGUGCAUCUCUGUUACUAGGUCCCCAGAAUACCCCUGUCCCUGGAGUUAGGGACUAACUAUAGCACAAGGUAAUAUGUGCCAAUGCUAUUUGUGAAAAGUAUCGUCUUUCUAAAUUACUAAUGGAUUUGUUUGGGGUUUUUGCUUAAGUUUUAAACCAAAUCUUAGAGCCAGCUGAUACUGUUUAAUAAUCUGGAGGAUAGAAUAAUGGUGUAUCAAUAAGUGGAGGUUCCUCCUUAUGACAUAUGCUAGAUUAUGGAAGAUGUAAAAUAUUCAACUUUCUCCCCCUUUUUUUGACUUUGUAUUUUACUGCAUGUUUUCUUCAUUUUUAAUCAAUAAAGAAUAAAUUGUC